AUGGAACCAAACAACCAAACAAGUGCAUCCAAGUUUAUCUUCCUGGGACUUUGAGAAAAGCCAGAACAGGAAACUCUCCUCUUUGCUCUGUUUCUCUGCAUGUAUGUGGUCACAGUAGUGGGGAACCUGUUGAUCAUACUGGCCAUCAGCUCAGACUCCCACCUGAACACUCGCAUGUACUUCUUCUUAGCCAAUCUCUCCAUGGUUGAUUUCUGCCUGGCCACCAACACUGUCCCCAAGAUGCUAGUGAACAUACAAAUCAGGAACAAAUCCAUCUCAUAUCCUUGCUGCCUGACCCAAAUGUACUUUCUCCAUUUCUUUGGCAUCAUGGACAGUAUCUUAAUAGCCGUGAUGGCUUAUGACAUGUUUGUAGCUAUAUGUCACCCCUUAUGCUAUACCACCAUCAUGAGCCCAUGUCUCUGUGGCCUGCUGGCUGGUGGCCCAUGGGUGUUUUCCUGCUUCAUCUCCCUCACCCACAUUCUCCUGAUGGCCCGUCUGGUUUUCUGUGGCAACAAUAGGUUGCCUCACUACUUCUGUGACCUCACUCCCCUCCUGAGACUUUCAUGCACUGACACCUCUGUGAACAAGAUCUUUGUGUUCAUUGUGGCAGGAAUGGUGAUAGCCACACCUUUCAUCUGUAUCCUGGUUUCCCAUGUUCACAUAAUUGUGGCCCUCUUGAAGUUGCCCUCUGCAGGUGGCAGGAAGAAAGGUUUUUCCACCUGCAGCUCCCACCUCUCUGUGGUUGUACUCUUCUAUGGGACCACAAUUGGGGUCUACCUUUGUCCUUCAUCUGUCCACACAGCCGUGAAGGAGAAAGCAUCUGCUGUAAUGUACUCUGCGGUCACACCCAUGCUGAACCCCUUUAUUUACAGCCUGAGGAACAGAGACCUGAAGGGGGCCCUGCUGAAGCUCAUCAACAGAAAAAUCACCUUGUCUUCCUGA